UCUUGCAUGAACUUCAAUGAUGGUGUUUCAACACGCUGAAUGCAUGCAUGCCAGUAUCAAAAUGGCAUUCCGGCCAGCCGCACCCCCAUACGGAGGUUCGGUAUCAGCAGCUUUCAGCUGGACAAAUAGAAACUGGCCAAAUUGAAAGCCUAUCGUAAUUGAGGCCGUACGCGCUCGUCUCAAACGCACUGUCCCACACGCGCAAAUCUCGCCCAAAUACAGCCCCGCCAAAUUCCCAAUUCGCACUGUCGCGUCCCGCUUGGCCGGGUAAAUCAGGCAAUGUCGUAGCUUAGUCAUCCGCCGUCCUCAGGCGAUUCUUUGCUCCAAAACACCUCUUGUCAAUCCUAGCACCGCCCAAAGGCUCACCACAACACCAAACUCAAUCUCUCCCCCCUCCCCUCAAAAGGCCCUCUUUUGCGCUUCUCGAGCUUCUCCUACGAAUCAUGCAGUCCGCCGCCCUCCUCCGCGCCGCCGCCCGCGGCUCCUCCAUGGUCCGCGCCGCCGCCGUCCGUCCCGCACCUUUCGCUGUUCGCUCGGCCGUUGCCGCUCGCCCUUUCAGCGUCUCUGCUUCCCGACGAGCCGAGCACGCUGAGGAGACCUUCGAAGAGUUCACUGCCAGAUUCGAGAAGGAGUUUGAUGCUGUGCAGGACGUCUUCGAGCUCCAGCGCAACCUCAACAACGCCUUCGCCUACGAUCUCGUCCCCUCGCCCUCUGUCGUCGCCGCUGCCCUCAAGGCUGCCCGGAGAGUCAACGACUUUGCUACUGCCGUCCGCAUUUUCGAAGGCAUCAAGGCCAAGGUCGAGAACAAGAACCAGUACCAGCAGUACCUGGACGAGCUGAAGCCUCUGCGAGAGGAGCUGGGUGUCUCACUGAAGGAGGACCUUUACCCCGAGGAGAAAUAAGCUCACUGCCCACGAGGAGAAAAAGUCUGUUCCGAGUCUUGUACAUGGUAUUGUGUUGGGAGGGAAGAGGAUAGCGACGGUGCUAGACGGUUGAUGGGAAGGGGGCCUCCCAAACCAAUGUCUGAUAAGUUUGAAGAAGCAUAUAGUGUAUACUGCUCCCUACUGUUGUUGCGGCGCCUAGCUGCUUCAACGGAAUUUUUUAAAAAAAGAAAUUCACAGAUUCCCUUGGCUGCGUCAUAUCAUCAUCAUACUAUUAAAAAAUCACAGUUGAUAUUCCUGACAAAACU